AUGCAACUUGAAAUCGCACCGUCUAGUUAUGUAAGUCAAGCUUACUUGCUGGCAGCCAUGUUGACUGCUAUGGCCAGCCAUGCGCAACGAGCUCUUCUUUUCUUUCCUUUUCGACGUUAUCUCCACACUCGAAUACGAAAUCGGCCGUUGCUACCUUUGACUUCGCGCGCGAAUUCAUUCAUCCCACAACUACCGCACUCACGUCUUUCUCGUACCUUAUCAUCCCAAGCCCUACAUGAAGCAUCAUACCCUCCACGAUCCAUCCUAAUUGUGAACAAGCUCCGAACUGAUCCUGUGAUUGGGGCAAUUGACGAACUACUGAAUCAUGUAGCGAAGACGUAUCCGGGUGUGAAGGUGUUCUCUGAAGACCGUCCAGACAUUCCAUUCGGCACACAGGUGUGGCGUCCCGGGCCUCAUGCUGAGAAAAUUGAUCUUGUCGUGACUCUUGGAGGUGACGGUACCAUUCUGCAUGCUGCAUCACUCUUUAGUCUUGGAGCAGUCCCUCCUGUGCUAAGUUUCUCAAUGGGCACUCUUGGAUUUCUACUUCCAUUCCAUAUCGAUGACUUUGUGAAAGGGCUCGAAGCAGUGUUUCAGGGCAAGGCAACCAUCCUCGAUCGCAUGCGUUUGUCGUGCACUUUUUAUGACAAGGACCGCAAGAAAAUAGGAUUCGGUGAUGAUGAAUGGCAGGUUAUGAAUGAGAUUGCGCUACACCGUGGGUCAAGCCCACACCUUAAUACCAUUGAUAUUUAUGUAGACGGGCAACACCUCACGGAGGCCGUCUCUGAUGGGGUGAUUGUGUCAACGCCAACGGGAUCAACGGCAUACUCUCUUUCAGCUGGAGGGCCUAUCGUACAUCCCUCCUUGAGUGCUGUAGUACUCGUGCCAAUAUGUCCACGAAGCUUAUCGUUUAGACCACUCGUCUUCCCCUCAUCUUCAUCUGUAACACUGCGUAUCGGUGAUCGUUCCCGUGCUGCGGCCGGCGUUUCGAUGGACGGGCGUGUAUCGCAUGUUCUUAAUCCAGGGGAGUCCGUUACUGUACAGGCUUCACCAUACCCAGUGCCUUGCAUUAACCGCUCCUCCAUAUCCGAUUAUGGAGACGAACAACCAGGCGAGGAAGGCGUUGGUCCCGGAAAAGAGGACGAUUGGGUCCGGGAUAUCAAUAAUUUGUUGCAGUACAAUGCAACGUUUAGGAGCAAGGCGCUUCUUCGUUAUAGCGGCAAAACCUAGGUUCGAGGUAAGCGCCCGAAGAUGUUGUUCUUCCGUUACAUGCUGUAUUUGACGCCGGCUACGAAGGAAAAUGAGCGCUUGGAUUGGCGCUUGAUCUUGGCUGGCGCUUGGUCGAACGCUUUCAGUACCUAGUCGUGUAGUUCUACACUGUUUUUUGCAGUGCAAUGCCAGCGGCAAACUAUCAAAGAUUUUACUAUGACCAAA